CGUUGUGGGACAUAAUUGAUAGGAGAUGGGAUGGACAAAUGCACACUCCUCUCCAUGUUGCAAGAUACUUUCUCAAUCCUCUAUUAUUCUAUAAGACUGACUUCCUGGAAAUUGAUGCUAAGAUCAAACAAGGCUUCUUCAAGUGCAUGGAAAAAAUGUUUCCUGACUUGGAAAAAUUUGAUGCGGCUACGAUAGAGCUGGAAAUGUACAAGCAUGCUAAGGGCUUUCUCUCUUCUAGGGCUGCUAUACAAAGCAGAAAGACAAUUCAACCAGCUGCAUGGUGGGCUACUUUUGGAGAUGAAAUACCAAAUUUAAGGUGGAUGGCGGUGCGUAUUUUGAGCCAACCAUGUAGCUCAUCAGCUUGUGAGCGUAAUUGGAGUGUGUUUGAACACAUACAUUCUAAGAAACGCAACCGCCUAUCACAACAACAACUGAAUGACUUGGUAUUUGUUCAUCACAACCUCCGCUUGAAGAUAAGGAAAGCUCAAGGUGAGAAUAUUAAUAUAUAGUUGCAGUUUUUUGAAUUGUAUUCACUAUUCAUUGGUUUUUCAUUUGUAAGGGAAACACUAAUUUCUACAUGGGCAAA